UAUGCGGAAGUCUGAGGCCCUAAAAGUCCAUGAAGAAGUUUUAGAGUGGAGAAAAUCCGUUGGAAGCCGCUCAGAGAUUCAAGCAAGCUAUCAUUCAAUUGGAACAGUAUACUUGAAUGAUCAAAAAUAUGAUAUGGCACUUGAUUACUUCAAGAAAGCUAUGAAGGUUCAGAAGGAACUUUCCGAAAAUCCAGAACUUGAUAAAGCUGAUGAUCGUAAUGGGUUUAAUAAUAAACAUUCCUUCGCUGCAACUCAUUCAAAUGUAGGUCUUGUCCACCUCCGUACUGGCAAUUUAUUAGAAGCUGAACGUCAAAUAAAACAAGCACUUGAGCUAUACACAGAAUAUUUUUUUGGAGAACAAACACUUGAUAUAUCCUAUUGUUAUCACAACCUUGGAAUGAUUUACAGAAGACUGAAACAAUAUGAUAAAACACACGAAUAUUAUACAAAAUCUUUGAAUAUAAAGCUAAAAUACUUAGGAGAAAAGAGUAUAGACGUGGGUACAACGUAUAUGAAUCUUGCAACUCUGGAAUUAGCUAGAAAAAAUGUUCAGAUGUUCUUUGAUUACUCUGCUAAAUGUUACGAGAUUUUAAACGAAUGUUUAUCGGAUAAAAAUCAUCAUCAGAUUAUGAUGGCAAAAGAAAACUAUGCUCAUGGCCUUUUUCUGAUGAAUAGAAAAGAAGAAAGUAAAGAAAUAUUUCUUGAAACAAUUGCUGUCCACGAGGAGAGAAAUGAUUUUGAAAAAGGUCUUCUUGUGUUAUAUAAGAAUAUGAUAUAUUACCUAAAAGAGCAAAAACAAUUUAGGACAAUCUUUCGCUUUUUGGCACCAGUUAUGAAGACCAAACUGUUACGCGCAUAUCAUUAUAUUAUUAUGGAUGAAGUUUAUGAAAAUCUAAAUGAUGAGAGUCUGAGAGAAGAUAAUUUAUGCCUUGAGUAUGGCAUUGAGAAAUUUCCAAACAGUAUAGACCUGCUUCAAUAUAGUGGCACAAAGUAUUUUGACAGAGAUUUUGUGGAAUUACGAGACUUCACCUUAAAAAUAUAUAAUCUAUUUAAAAAAAUUGGAAAAAAUGAAAAUUUACCAAUAAUAUUAUUUUCACAAGCAAUGUUGGAAACCAACAGGGAGAAAUACGCAGAAAAGGCUUUUCUUUUGAUUAAUGAAGGUUUAAAGAUAAUGCCCGACGAUACAGAAAUUUUAGCGAUGAAAGCAUAUGCUUUUUGCCUUGAUAAAAAAUAUCAGGAGUGUCUCGACAUUUUAACAAUGUUGACAGAAAAUAGUACAAAAAAUCAUUCUGUUCUGAAACCAUAUUUUGAGGAUAUCUUAGAUAUGGGGGAAGCUAAUGAUCAAGAUUGUGAAAAUUUCUUAAAAGAAGUAACUGAUUUAAACAAUAAACUGCAUAAGGUCGAAUAA